AUGUUUUGCAGACCACAGAGCUUUUUCGGAUCAGCCAGCAUAGAGGGCGAGAGUGCGGCGGCUCCAACGCCGCCCGCGGCGCAGAUUGCGCCGGCUGUACCGGCUCCAAAAGCUAGCACCAGCCAAGCUCCAAGUUCAGCGCACUCUGCUGAAACUUCAGAUUAUCGUGUAGCUGUAUUCGGUGCGGGCGGUGUCGGAAAAAGUAGCAUCGUGCAAAGAUUCGUCAAUGGGACAUUCUCAGAUAACUAUGUUCCGACAAUAGAGGAUACCUACCGACAGGUCAUAUCAUGCAAUCAAAAGAACGUUUGCACACUACAAAUCACCGACACCACUGGUAGCCAUCAAUUUCCUGCAAUGCAAAGACUUUCGAUGAGUAAAGGACACGCUUUCAUUUUAAUUUAUUCAGUUACGAGCCGGCAAAGUUUGGAGGAGCUUGGACCAAUUGUAAAAAUGCUUAUGGAAGUAAAAGGAUCGUCUAUUGCAGAAGUUCCGAUCAUGCUAGUUGGAAACAAAAAAGAUGAGUCUUCGGUGAGAUACUAUCUAUCGAUUAAAAACGCA